CCCUUGCCCACCUAGUGGGCGGGGCUCGGCGCCGCCUUGCAGGUGACCCAGGGUGGCAGAGUGGAAGUCCGGGCGUGCAGAGUGGAGCCUGGCGCAGACGCGGUUCACGCCCAGCGAACCCGCCCAUUCGACAGGAUACUAGCUAGCCCUGUUCUAACGCGAGGCAGGUGGCCAAUAGUUGAGACGAUGAAUGAAAUUCAACGUUCUGGCUACGUUCAACGAGUUGGCUACGUUCUGUUGGCACUAGAUAGAGAUGCUUGCGAAACAGAAGGUAAGCCCAAGCAGUUCCCUGGUGGACACAAGCCGGUGGUCUCAGUUCUUUAAAAAAUACGAGGUUGGGUCGCUGCCGGAAGUUGCUCAGUCCAAGGCAACAACAGGGACGAAGUUUUCUCCCUGUUCCCUCGACUUUGCGCUGAAGGAGUCAAGUUAAAGAAGGAUUCAUUGGCAUUGCAUUCCCAGGAAGGAGAAGAAAAAGAAGUCUCUCGGUAAACGAAUGUACGCUCUUUCAAAAACGCUUCUUCCCUAAAGCCGAGGCUCUAUACUAAUACAUUUCUUUCUCGUUAAAACAAAGUCAGUUUACAUGAAGCCCCUGAGCCAUGAACGCGCUUCCGAAAAUGACCCCUCCCAGGAGCCGUGAGCGUGACGUCAUCGCGGCGCGACGUCAAGCCUUAAGCAGCAGCUCCGCGGCACGGAUUGCUGACCCUCACUCCUUCGCCCAGUGGUGCUGUCAUCGCCUCUGACCCCCUUCUAUCGCGAUGGACAACCUUGGGGAGUCGCCCACGGACAAAGCCGGGGAGCCAGGGGAGUCAGAGGAGAUGAGGGCUACUCCUGGAGCCCCGGUGUCCGCCGACACUGAGGGAAUCCCGGAGGAAACUGACCGGGUUGGAGACGCGGACUCGAAAGAAGCCGCAGCGGAAGAAAGCGAGCUCAAGAGUCAGGAUGUCUCAGAUGUAACAGCAGCUGAGAGGGAAGACCCAUCAUUACUUACUCCUGCAGCCAAAAAGCUGAAAUUAGACACCAAGGACAAGAAGGAGAAGAAGCAGAAGGUGGACGAAGACGAGAUUCAGAAGAUGCAAAUCCUGGUCUCGUCUUUCUCUGAGGAGCAGCUGAACCGUUAUGAAAUGUAUCGCCGGUCAGCUUUCCCUAAGGCGGCCAUCAAGCGGCUGAUCCAGUCCAUCACUGGCACGUCUGUGUCCCAGAAUGUUGUCAUUGCCAUGUCUGGGAUCUCCAAAGUUUUUGUCGGGGAAGUGGUAGAGGAGGCCCUGGAUGUGUGUGAGAAAUGGGGAGAAAUGCCACCCCUGCAGCCCAAGCACAUGAGGGAGGCCGUCCGGAGGUUGAAGUCCAAGGGGCAAAUCCCCAACUCAAAGCACAAGAAAAUCACCUUCUUCUAGAUCUAACGGAGACUGUUCCAGGCUCAUCAUCGCUGGGCUUCUGUGGUGAGGCGUUGUUGGCAGUGUGCCAGGACGCAUGAUGCUGACUUUAAUGUUUCUGUUCCACCUGCAAGGCAUGCAGUGGGACUCAGACUUCAGUCAGUCACGGACUAUCCUCGGGCAUGGUGAAGACUCUUUGCUAGUUUGAAGAAAUAUACAGGGGCCAUUAGUAUCUUCUGGAGAGGGAGGUGGUUUCAGAGAAAAACAAGAGACUCUAAUGGCUUCACAUUGAAGCCUAAAGUUGCUAAGAUUCAGGUUGUUUCUUGCUCUGGAUUUCGAAACAUAAACUUGCGAUCAUCUGCCGUGUAGCAUUUCAGGUUCUCCUGUGUAUUGUGUGAGGGAUCGGUAAACUUUUCCAACCUGUAGGAAAGUUUAUUUUAUUUUGUUGAAGACAAAACUCAUUGUUCUUCCAAUAAAACUUGGCUUUUUUUUUUUU